GAGAGAGAGAGAGAGAAGGGGAUGGACACACAUGCACAGGCAGGGAUGUGAAGAGGGAGCUCUCACACACCUUUCCUGAUUCAGCCAAACAGAUGUAUGCGUCGCCUCUCCCGGCAACCUCACGCAGCGAGCUGGUUGCAAAACACAAGACAAUUCCAAACCCAAGAGCACCUGCCCAUUCUGUCAACCUAUCUGUCAGCACAGAUUAACGGCUCUGUUACAAGUCUGACUGCGUGCUUACUGGCGUCUACUGCGUCUCAGAGACGGAGGGGGGAGACAACUUCCAGAGAUACGAUCGGCGAAUGUGAAUGAUGGGAAAACUAAAAAGCAACAACUGCAGUGAGAAUGGGCCAAUGGAUAAACUGCGGGACAAAUAGAUAACCAAAAAAAGCUUUGUUUCUGCAUGUAUACCUUAGGAACCCUCUACAGGGAGAUGCUCAUCAUUAUGGGAUAGAUGCAUAGGUCUGCCCGUUGCCAUGGAUACCAGCAUGCGAAAAUUUACAGUGCGGAGAUGGUUUUCUAUCUACCUGAAGAACAAGGCGGCAAGGAAUAAGAACAACACCGGCUUCUGUCAACUAGAGGAUGACAGUAUACUUAAGGAGAUAGACAUCAGCCACCAUGUUAAAGAGGGUUGUGAAAAAGCAGACCCCUCUCAGUUCCAGCUGCUUAAAGUGCUGGGACAGGGCUCCUAUGGAAAGGUGUUUCUGGUGAGAAAGAUUAGAGGAGUAGACAGAGGACAGCUGUAUGCCAUGAAGGUCCUGAAGAAAGCCACACUGAAAGUUCGGGAUCGCGUGCGAUCUAAAAUGGAAAGAGACAUAUUGGCAGAAGUGAACCAUCCAUUUAUAGUUAAACUGCACUAUGCCUUCCAGACAGAAGGAAAGCUCUAUCUGAUCCUAGACUUCCUCCGAGGAGGAGACCUUUUCACUCGUCUAUCAAAGGAGGUAAUGUUUACAGAAGAGGAUGUGAAGUUUUACCUUGCAGAGUUGGCCCUGGCCUUGGACCAUCUACACAGUCUGGGGAUCAUCUACAGGGACCUCAAACCUGAAAAUAUUCUUCUGGAUGAAGAAGGACACAUUAAAAUAACUGACUUUGGAUUGAGUAAGGAGGCCAUCGACCAUGAUAAAAGAGCAUAUUCCUUCUGUGGAACAAUAGAGUACAUGGCUCCAGAGGUCGUGAACAGGAGAGGGCAUACACAAAGUGCUGACUGGUGGUCCUUUGGGGUGCUUAUGUUUGAGAUGUUGACAGGAUCAUUACCAUUUCAAGGAAAAGAUCGUAAGGAAACAAUGGCGCUUAUACUAAAGGCAAAGCUAGGAAUGCCACAGUUCCUCAGUCCUGAAGUGCAGAGUUUAUUAAGAGCACUCUUCAAGAGGAACCCUGCUAAUCGUCUAGGUGCAGGACCCGAUGGAGUGGAGGAAAUAAAAAGGCAUCGCUUCUUUGCAUCGAUAGACUGGAAUAAGUUGUACAGGAGGGAAAUGAGGCCUCCAUUCAAACCGACAGUUGGAAGACCUGAAGACACCUUCCAUUUUGACCCUGAGUUCACCUGCAGAACACCCACUGAUUCUCCCGGCAUCCCUCCCAGCGCAAACACACACCAGCUGUUUCGUGGCUUCAGCUUUGUUGCAACAAAUCAAAGUCAAGAGCCAAGCGUUGCUACAGUAGCACCUUCUCGUCAGGAGGUGAACAGCAUCAACCCCAUAGCAAAGCAUCUGCAAGGGGAUGUGGCCUUCACUGAUGUUUAUGAGCUGAAGGAGGAAGUUGAACAUACGUUGACUUCCGUCUGCAGAAGAUGUCUGCACAGAGUUACUGCUGUGGAGUAUUCAGUGAAGAUCAUUGACAAAGCGAGGAAAGAUCCAUCAGAGGAGAUUGAGAUUCUGUUAAGAUACGGACAUCAUCCAAAUAUAAUUACUCUAAAGGAUGUGUACGACGACGGCCAGCAUGUGUCCCUGGUUCAGGAUUUACUGAGAGGGGACGAGCUGCUGGACAGAGCUCUGACGGUGCCAAUUUUCACAGAGAGAGAUGCAUCAGACAUCAUCUGCACACUGACCAAGACUGUGGAAUAUUUACACUCACAGGGGGUCGUUCAUCGAGACCUGAAGCCUAGUAACAUUCGUUAUUGUGAUGACAGUGGACUCCCAGAAUGCAUAAGGAUAUGUGAUUUUGGUUUUGCCAAACAGCUCAGGGCUGAGAAUGGCUUAUUGAUGACCCCCUGUUACACAGCUACCUUUGUGGCUCCUGAGGUUCUGAAGAAGCAGGGUUAUGAUGCAGCCUGUGACAUCUGGAGCCUGGGGAUCCUGCUCUACACCAUGAUAGCUGGUUUCAGUCCGUUUGCCAGAAGUACUGAGGAAACAGCCGAUGAAAUUCUGGCUCAAAUCGGCAGCGGGAAAGUCAUUAUAACAGGAGGGAACUGGGACUUGGUAUCAGACGUUGCCAAGGACAUUGUGACCAAGAUGCUCCAUGUGGACCCUCACCAGCGCCUGACUGCACCCCAGGUUCUUCGUCACCCCUGGAUUGUAGACAGAGACCAGCUCUCUGACAAAGCUCUCGCCAGACAAGAUGCUCUCACUGUCAAGGGGGCCCUGUCUGCCACCUACUCUGCUCUGAUGCGCUCUGCUCCUGCUCCACUCUUGGAGCCUGUUCAGUCCUCCAGCCUGGCUCAGCGGCGGGGAAUGAAGAAACAGGGGAGUCUCAAAGUUAAUUCAGACCCUAAAGAAAAGGACUAGCCUCAACACUCUGAAUGCAACUCAAAUGGAAUUGAACCCAAAUAAUUAAAGAAGUCGUAGAGCUCUUUUGAAAAGCAUAAAUCUUGUUAUAAAGUGUUAGUAGGCCUACAAACCCAAUGUAGCAGGUAUAACAAAAUAUCCUAUCGCAAAAGGACUACGUCUAAUUAACUAUAACAAUGAAGUAUUCCACUAGCACUCAUGCAUCAGGACUAGUUUCAGUUCACUCAAUUUAAAGUGUAAAUUGUAAUCCUUUUUUAUUUUUUAAGUUAAUUGAACUGAUCUGCAGCUGAUGUUCAAAGGGAACGCAUGGAUGUUUACUUCUUUUGGGUCAUACAUGUCAGGAUACAGUUGGUGCUGUAGUGCAAUAAUAUACACAGGGAAAUUGUCCGCAUCUACAGAAAUUCCAGCAACUGAACAUGGGACAAAAUAGUCUGCUCACCAAAAUCAGAAAAAGCUCUAUACAGUGCCACAAACAACAUGCCAAGUAGUUGGUUUACUUUAGUUUUUAUAUUUAGCACAUACAUGUAUUUCACCAGGAGUUCAUGCUAUACAUUAAUACAGUCUUCCACAGUCAUAGCUCUAAUAAUUAGAGUAAUGUGAAUUUGAAUGGGGUACUCUCACUCUGAUUAGAACAUUUUUUCUUCAAUCAAUCCUCUGAAUUCUACAGAGUUAUGCAUGUUAAAAUGUAAAUGUCCUACUAAAGGGAAUCAUUAGCAAUGCCAUUGAAGUCUUAUUGUUCCUACUUUGCUUAACAAUUUUACUGUAUGCAUUGUUGUCUUCCAUUAAUACAGCCUUUGACUAUCGGGAAAUGUAUUGUUAAAUUUAUCACUACUGUACUUCCCAAAUCAAAUGGAACAUUGAGCUAUGAAGGUAUUUAUGUUAAACGUUGUGUGUUGUGUUUUUUUUUUUAAAACAUAGAACAUAUUCUAAAUGUCAUUUGGCUCAUUGUGAUAGAUCAUCUUUCAAUGUGUGCUUGAGUGUAUCAAGUAGCUGCCAGUAAACUACUGUUAGCUGUUAGUGUCUGAAAGCCAAAGUGUUUGAGAACCACUGUGUCAGAGGAUUCUAUAUACUGUCUAUUGCUGCUGCCCAUUUGCAUCGAAUAAGUUGGACAUUCACAAAUACGAGGUAAGACUGAACAGGGUGGUUUGCAGAUGGGAGUAGCACGCUUUGUAAAAUGUACCAGUAGGAAUGUAGACUAUGAUGCUGCAUAAGUAAUACGCAUACUUACUGGUCAGAGGUAAAACUGAACAUAUUGUGAUGGGAAACCAAUAAGCACUGUAGCAGAGAUCCCGUUAUUUAUUAAAUGUUUGCUGAUACACCAGCUGUAUGUGUUGACGCAAUGCACAACUGUGAGAGGUGGAGCUGGGACUGAUGCAACUAUGAGUAUGAGAUAAGGUUGUAGAUAUUGUGUUGUACACCCAAACAUUUGAGGUAAAGCUGUAAAUAUUGUUUACUAAUUCAGAUUGUACAUAUAGUGUUAUACAUCUAUCGGCAAGCAGUUAGCCUGUAUAUAUUGUGUUUGCAGAAAUAUAGAAAUUGUAUAUAUUAUAUUGUGAUGUUGUGCAUCCAUUGCUCAGAAUGUACAUACUGUCUAUAUACCUGGCCAAUCACUGAAAUUAUUGGCUAGGAUGCAUAAGUUUUACAAAUAAAGGAAAACAACACAAACA